GAAGGGAAAGGAAGGGGAAGAAGUUGCAACGAAACGGAACAGGGAACGAAUUCAAACGGAUCGAAUCGUUUCAGAUCGGAUCACAGCUUUAACAGAGGGAAAGGACGGAAAGAGACCAGAAUGGCCGGUAGAUCAGUGGGGAGAGACAUAGGUACUCUUUCAGCGUAGACACGUAUGUAACGUGAAAGUAACUCUUACAAUUCAGCGGUGAUCGGGUACUUCUUGGUGCUUUAUGGUGUCGGUAGUCUGGUUGCUUGUAUCGAGGUUAAAGUACGCUGCGUAUAGCUUUAUAUCGUUGUGUAUUUUGUUCGUUAUUUCAGGAUAUAUAUGAAUGACAAAGUGAAAAAAAACAUAAGAAUAAGAAAGAAUGAUAGACAGCCUUCAUAUAAUGUAAACUUUUUGUCUGUCAAUCGUUUCGUAUCAAAAUAAUACAGUUAGGAAGAACAGGGAAACAGAUAGAUUGUUGAACUUCGGUAAAGAAUGGAACCUGUUUCAUUAGCGCGAACGAAUAAUAUAAUACAAUUUAAAUUCAAUAGAAUUAAAUAAAGAUACUGAUUUUGUCUGUGAUUCAAUUAUAUGCGUAUAAUUCAUCGAUUCAAUAUUUUUUUUUAUUUUUUAUUUUUUUUGUAUACUUGUAAAAUAUGUCGUGUUCCUUAAUCUGUCAAUUUUGGUUCGCAUCUCGAGCGAAAGUCGUUUCUGAAAUAUAUACGUAUAAUACGCGUUGAUAUAUUUAUUUAAUUUAUUUUUUCUAUUUUUUAUUUGAAUUUUCAUUUAUCAAUAUUCAACGAGAAAAAAAUAUUAAUUGUAUUAUUUAAAUGUUUGUCAUACAUAUCUUUCUUCAUCAGGGAGAUGUAUAUGAAGAUAACAAUCCUAUGUCGUUCGAUCAAGGUGAACGGACAUUAAAAAGAGUGAUAUAAAUGGAACAAGUAAUAGUUUUACUAUAAAAACAUUAUAAAAUCAAGCUAUGUUUAUAGUUUCUUAUUUUCAUAUGUGAUCAUUGUGCUGCAUCAAAGGAGAGAAUCGGAAGAAAAUUGUUGUGAUCAACAUAUUUGUUACAAUAACAAAUCCCUAUUGAAUUAUAAAUGAGUAAUCAUUAAAGAUCAUUAAAAAUCGUGUACAUUACAACAGCUGUUCUAUCUUUCUAUGUGAUUCGUGCUUCGAUUAAAUUAAUAUAAUUUGGACUAAGUUGAAGUCUAAUAUUUUUGUGUACAUGUUCAAAUCUUCAAUUUGAAGAUCGUUUAGUGCGAAUUUACUUAUUUUUUUUUUAAUACGUUAAAAAACAAUAAAUGGAUGUUCGGCUUAAAAAGAAGAAAGAAAACUUGCAUGCAAACAGCUAAUCGAACAUUAAGUGAUCUUCGUCGGGAGUGUCGUUGGUACGUGAAUUUUUAAAAUCGCGUAUUUUUUAUUUCGUUCCGUUCUUCAUCUCUGCCCUACUCUUUCUUUCUUUCUCUUUAUUUUCUUCUUCCUUCUCUUUUUCUUCUUCAUCUUCAUUUUCUUCUUUUUUUUUUGUUUUUUUCCCUUUUCCUUUCAUUUCCUCGUUGAUAUUCAUAAUUUGUUAUAUCCAUUUGUCCUUAUCUUUCAUAUUCCUUUAAAUACUCUUCGAUUGUUCGAUCAUGAGAGAAGCCGUAAUACUUACCACAUGUCUACUGGGUAUCGUGUUCGCUGGAAGUCCUAGACUACCCAGGACCUCUGCUGAUGAACGUAAUACCCGCAAUGUUAGUAACAAUGGAGGCAACAUCACUGGAAACACGAUACCGGUACCUAGCCGCAAUUCUCAACGAAAUAGAGAGCAAUACCUCUUCAAUGUUUUCGAAGUAAUAGUUUCGACAUUGGAAUCGAAAUUACAACGAAUCGAAAACUUGGAUAAGGCGGUAGAACAUUUGAUGAGAAGAGUGGAAGCUUUGGAUUCACGUGUCAAUGAUAAUAUCGAUAAAACUGAUGCGGUUAUUACGAAGUUAAGAACAUUAGAUCUAAAGCUUUUCAAUUCUCAUACAAUUGAAUUUCCUUCGACUGAAUCUGCAUUUUCGGCAAGAACGAUCGAUGAUAAAAACGACAGUGAAAUUAGAAGUGGCUCGAAAUUGCAAUCGAUUCAUCAAAAACGAGAAAAUCCAUCGUCGGAAACACUUGGCGAAAAAUUAUUAUCGCUCGAUCAAAAGGUAUCGGACAUAGAUAAUAAAUUGAUCGAUUUGAAACACCAAUUGGAUAAUAAUUUUUUACAAAAUGACGACAUAAAUGCUGAAGCCAGUGAAAAGAAGCCGAUUAGCAUGAGUGUAAUCGAGAUAACAAAAGCGAUGAGCAACGAAAUAAUAAAUCACAUUACGAUCGAGAUAGAAAAUUUAAGGCAAGCGACCAAUAAUAUGGACAGGAAAUUACAAUUCCACGUCAAUUUAGUCUCUGAUCGUUUGGGAACCAUUUAUAACAUGAUGACAGACGUGCACGAUGCGAUAUUAGUAAGAGGCACCACUAAUACGCGAUCACCGUUCAACAUCACAACAACGACAACUACCGAACAACCUCCAAAGCAAAGUAAAAUAGAUCGACUCGUCGAGCAAAUGUAUCCAAUGUUAACCGUUUCGGAAAAAAUGGACGAAGUUUGGAAUAUUGUAGUUGGUACAAAAAGUUCCGUGGACGAUCUUUUGCCAAAAUCUGAUGAAUUACUUACACAAACGCAAAGACAAGAAAGGGCGAUUAACGAAAUUCAUACGGAUUUAAGAUUGAAAACGAACAAGAUUAUUGAAAAUUUGGAAGGAGUUGAGAAUAGAUUGCGGAAGCAGGAGGAUGAUGUUGCUAAUUUUGCUCAGCGUCCAAUUCCUGCAGAAUUGCUGCUCGAUCCCACGAUCGAUCGUCUAGUUGAAUAUGACUCGAACAGAUACGUUGGUCUCACCGAUGACGUCCCAGGAGAAACAACGGUACCACCUGUGAAUCCAACUACGAUCGUUUCAUCGGUGUCGAUGUCCAUUUCUUCCUCGACUUCGUCGAAUACCGUGUCACUCAAUAAUUUCAAUAAUUCGACCAAUGUCACCGGUUUCGCAAAUUUCUUUAAUUCUACCGCCAGCCCUGGAAUAUCGUCACCUUCGAGUUCACAACGAUCCUCGUCCAAAAAUCGUGGCGUUAUAUUUCCAAGUGUAAAAAACAAACCAAGUCCAGCAAAUUCAACAUUUAACACAGAUGGAUUUCUUAGUUACAAAGAUGUUAAGGGUUACUCGUGCGUUGAUUUAUUAAAUGCAGGAAUGAGAGAUAGCGGUGUUUAUUACCUUCAAAUUCGCGGAACAACUUACUGGUUUCUCAAGGUUUAUUGUGAACAAGAUAUUGCUGAAGGAGGUUGGACAGUCAUUCAAAGAAGAGAUGAUUUUGGAGAGCCAAGAGAAAAUUUCAAUCGAGAUUGGGCGGAUUAUAAAAAUGGUUUUGGUGAUCCUGCUCGAGAGUUCUGGCUUGGCAAUGAAAAUAUAUAUAUGUUAACGAAUAACGAAGAUUACAUGCUCAGAGUAGAACUUGAAGAUUUUGAAGGUAACAAAAGAUAUGCGCAAUAUUCUCACUUCAAAAUCUAUUCAGAAGCAGAAUAUUACAAAUUAGAAAUUGAUGGUUAUGAUGGAAAUGCUGGUGAUUCAUUGAAUGAUCCUUGGUAUGGUUCAAACAAUAGUCCCUUCUCCACAUAUAACAGGGAUAAUGAUAGAUCAUCGUUGAAUUGUGCUUCCAUGUUGAAAGGUGGCUGGUGGUGGAAAUCGUGCGGACGAGGAUUAAAUGGUCUUUAUUUGAAUGAUCCUCAGGAUUUAACUGCUCGACAAGGUAUUGUAUGGUUCCGUUGGAGAGGUUGGGAUUAUACUUUGAAACGUGCUACAAUGAUGAUUAAACCGAAAGGACCAACAACAAUAACGAUAUAGAGGCUUACACAAAUUUUUCUAGAAGAAUUAUAUAAUACGUUUAUAGCGUUUCGUAUCAAUGAACAUAAUUUCUUACAGUUACCAAAUAUGUAUAUUUUAUAUACAUAAAUACAUAUAAGAAUUUUAUAAUAGCAUCAAAUGAAAUAAUUUUUCAGAGAAUUUUCAUUCAUAAUUAUUUGGUAUUUUAUACUUAUUUCAAUGAAAUUAUUUUUUUCGAUUCUGAUAGAUUAACAAUGCAAAGAACAAAAAAUGCAAAUAAUAGAGAAUAAUUAAGCAUAAUUAAAUAUAAAUAUAAUUUCAAAAUAUUUAAUUUUUUCGAAAUUUUUAUAAAUAUUUUUCGUAUGCAUGAAAGUAUAAAAUAAUUUAUGCUGGUUUUUAUUUACUUAAAUAUUUAAUUAAACAUUAUAACCAAAAAUGUGAACUAUAAUUUAUAGAUUGUAUUUCAAGAUACUUUAAAAAUAGUAAUGGAAAUUUAAUUUCGUGAUAUGUAGUUUUCAGAGUUAAAAUUAUUACUAUGACUGCUACUACCACUGCCAUUAAUAUUGCUAUUAUUAUUAGUAUUGAUGCUAUUAUCGAUUCUUUUAUAAAUCGAAAUUCAUUUUGGAAUUAAUUAUUUACUUAUAAAAAUAAUAAUGGUAGAAAAUCUGCCAUAUUUCAUAAAAGCGAUCGUUAUUCGUAAAAUUUUUUAUUGUAAAUAUGUGCAUACCAUAUAUUAUAAAGAUUAGUUAUAAUGAUAUAGACAUUUAUAACUACAAAAUCAUUUUUGAUCAAGUAAUAGUUGAUUAUAUAAUCGAAGAAAAAAUUUAAAUUUUAAUUAUUUAAACGAUUAGAUUGCUCAAAUAUAAUUCAAAAACUACAACAAAUUAUUAACGAUCCUUUUUUACAAAAUAGUUUCAAUAAGUAAAUUUUUUUCAUUUUCACAUCAUCCAUCGUAAUGAAUUUUUUAUUACGUAUUUUGUAUUUUUAUACAUGUAUUUAUAUCAUCUUCAUAAUAUGAAUCUAUGAAGAUUACAUUUGUACCUUGUAAUGAGAAACAUAUGAUUGAUGACUGUAAAAUAAUGCAUAAUAGUAAAAACAAAAUAAUAGUACAAUUUCAUUAUAUGAUAGAAUAAAUAAAAAAAUAGAAAAUUAGAUUGACAAUUAAAACGUGUAAUGAAGAAUAAAGUUCAGUAAUUGUAAGAUCGAUAUUAUGAAAUCUAUAUUAUUAAUUUAAUUAUGUAAUUAAUCAAUUAUGUGAAAAAUAUCAAAAAAAUAGAUUGUUACAAAAUAUGUGUAAACAUAUAUUUAGAAAAAAUGAUUUUGGAUAUAUAAAUUAUAUUGUAUAUUGUAAUUACAUUAUUGAAACGUUAGUUAGAAAUUUUAUAAAGAUAAGAAUCAAAUAUUUAUAUGAAUAAUGAAAAGAUAUAAUUAAAUUAUGUACUUGCUUUAAAAAUGAUCAUAAAUCAACAAAUAGGCCUGAAAAUCAGUGAUAUAAAUUCAAAUGAUAAAAAAUUAAAUUAUAAUUUUAGAAUUUUAUUUUAUUUUAAGUUAUUUAAUAUAAAUUAUUUUAAUAUAAAAAUGAAAGCUAACUCAAUACUGAAAAAUAUAAAAAUAUUUAGAAAGUUAUUCUUUUCUUAAAUAUUAAUUUAAAAAUAUGAAUUUUUUAAAGUAUGAGUUAUGUUAUUAUGAUUUUCAGUCCUUCAAAAAAUAAAUUCUUAAAUGACAUUCAAUUAAUCUUAGUGAGGCAUCAUGUAGACUAUCUAUGAAACCCGAUUUGUAAUUCUUCUGUUUAACAGAAGUCCGUAACUAAUUCUAUACAUAAAAAUGAAGAGAUGCAAUUGAAAUCUUGAAUAACGAAAAAAAAAUCAAAAAUAUUUAUUUCGUGGUUUUAAAAUGCGAAAAAUUAAUGUAAAAGUUAUAAUGGAAAUGUAUGUAAUUAUAAUUACUAGAUUGUAAAUGUUUAUGUAAAUUUCAUAUUUUUAUAAAUAUAAUUUAAUUUAAAAAAUAGAAUUUAAAUAGAGAUUCGUUUCAACUAUCAAAUAUUGUAACGAGUGUUCUAUUUUUUUUUUGCAUAUUAUAUUGUAUAUUCUAUUUAUAUACUAUUUUUUUUUAAAAUAUAAAUAUUACUAUCUAGUAAUUAUUUUUAAUGACGACAUAUGUUUUUAAAUAUGAGUCGUGAAAAAGAAAAAAAUAUUGAUUCAAAAAUAAACAAUAAUAAACGAUAGAAUAUCUCAAAAA